AUGCAAAUAGGAAACUUAUACACCAUCUCCGCCAUAGCCGUCCUGGGCGGCAGCCUGUUCGGCUUCGACAUCUCCUCCAUGUCCGCUAUCAUCAGCACGGAGGCGUACCUCUGCUACUUCAACCAGGGAGACACGACCUUUGACUCUCUGGGAAAUAGACAAUGUGCCGGGCCGCGAAGUACGGUCCAGGGCGGCAUCACUGCUUCGAUGGCCGGGGGUUCCUGCAUUGGAGCUUUGGUAUCGGGGUAUCUUUCUGAUUGGCUUGGACGGAAGAGAUCCAUCAUGGUUGGUUCUGUUAUAUGGUGCAUCGGCUCGAUCGUCAUCUGCGCGGCGCAGAAUAUCCCCAUGUUGGUCGUGGGGAGGGUCGUCAACGGGUUCAGCGUGGGGAUCUGCUCAGCCCAGGUGCCUGUCUACAUUUCCGAAUUGGCACCUCCUACAAAACGCGGCCGCGUCGUCGGACUCCAGCAGUGGGCUAUCACCUGGGGGAUCAUGAUCAUGUUCUAUGUGUCAUACGCCUGCAGCUACAUCCAAGGCCCUGCCUCGUUCCGGCUCCCCUGGGCCCUCCAGAUGAUCCCCGGCAUCCUCCUAUUUCUAGGUCUGACGGUGCUCCCAGAGUCCCCCCGAUGGCUCGCCCGCAAGGACAGAUGGAACGAAUGCCUGGCCGUGCUGACUCUGGUGCACGGGAACGGCGAUCUGGCCAGUCCGUUUGUGCGGCGCGAGUUCGACGAGAUCCGCGGCAUCGCAGCGUUUGAGCGCCGCAACGCCGACGUCUCGUUUCUCGAGCUGUUUCGUCCGGAUAUGAUCCAUCGUACGCACGUCGGCAUCUUCACCCAGAUCUGGUCUCAGCUGACGGGCAUAAACGUGAUGAUGUAUUACAUUACAUAUGUCUUCGCCAUGACCGGACUACAAGGCCACACCCUCCUCGUGUCAAGCAGCAUCCAAUACAUCCUCAACGUGGUGUGCACGAUCCCUGCCCUCCUCUGGGUCGACCGCUGGGGGCGACGCCCCACGCUCCUCCUCGGCUCAGCAGGCAUGUUGAUCUUCAUGUUCGCCAACGGCGGCCUCAUGGCGGCAGACGGGUCCUCGGCCCCGCGAGGAGGCAUGGACGGCCUCGCGCCCGCAUCAUGGCAGAUCAGCUCCCGGUCAGCAAGUACGGGAAUCAUAACAUGUACGUAUCUGUUCGUUGCGUGCUUUGCGGUAUCUUGGGGUCCCGUCUCGUGGAUCUACCCGGCGGAACUGUUCCCGCUGCGGGUGCGCGGCAAGGCCAACGCGCUGACCACUUCGUUCAACUGGCUUUUCAACUUCGCCCUGGGCUAUUUCGUGCCCCCCGCGUUCGUGCAUGUCCACUGGCGCCUCUUCCUGCUGUUCGGCGUCUUGUGUGCCGUCAUGCUGCUCCAUGUCUUUCUCAUGUUCCCGGAGACGGCGGGAAGAACCCUCGAGGAGGUCGAAGGCAUCUUUACUGAUCCCAAGGGCGUCAAGUAUAUAGGUACUCCGGCCUGGAGGACGCGCAAUGCUUUUUACCAUUCGGCGUUCUUGGAGGGAAGUAAAUAG